CCCCUCCCCGUAGCGAGAUAACAGUCCAGAUUUAGCGGCUCCUUGAUUUGUCAUUAAGCACACAAUACAGGAAGAAACUUUUGGAAUUUCAUGCAAAUAGUCCCAUGAGAUCAUCGUGUGACAGUUUCGGUAACUGAUAUGCGUACGCCGGUCACAUGCGAGUAAAGCCCGCCCUCUUUCAACCACAUCCUGGUGGCUAAAGAAAUUUCAACCUAUCCAGAGAAAUCAAAAGCUUUGCUUUUCCCGUUUUCGAUGAAUGUGUUACAUUGUGCCGGAUUAUUUUCGACACGCCGUUGUGAAAUAACCUCCAGCAGACUAUAAAUUCGGAGACGUUCUCCAUUCUGUCACAGUUGUAAGCUCAGCAGGUUACUUGACAGGCAUAAACUGAUCAUCCGAAGCCUAAAGCGACCACACAACGAUCAAAAGCAUGGAGACGAGAAAUAUUGCUCAGUAUUUUGACACAAACGGAUACAUAGGGAGUCUGAACGUCCUUGACAAGGAUGAGGUUGAUGACCUCAAAUCCAACUUCAAAGCCUUUGAGGACGACAUUGGGAAAGCCGAUGCGCAAUAUUCCCUUCACAAUGUGCACGUGGUUCAUCCAUGGGUGUUGCGAUUGGCCAGUCACCCCAGAGUCCUUGGACCAAUCAAACAGAUUCUUGGGGAGAAUCUGAUUCUCCUAGACUCGAGAUUCAUCUGUAAAUAUCCAGAUACGGAGGUGCCCGGUAAAGAUGGCACUGAGGCGUAUGUGGCCUGGCAUCAGGACGUCAGGUAUUGGGGUGUGACUGGUGACGUUGUGUCAGUAUGGCUGGCUGUAGAUGACGCCGAUGAAGACAAUGGGUGUAUGUUCGUCAUUCCAGGAACUCACAAAAGUGGCAUUUUAGAGCAUCACCAAGCUUCAAAGGGAGGAAACCUACUAACGUCCAACCAAGAAAUUCCCGAGGAUCUUUACAACGCUGACGAGGCCGUUCCUUGCCCUCUGAAGGCCGGCCAGAUGUCGCUUCAUCACGGCCAUCUUGUGCACGGAAGCGGACCCAACCGUUCCGAGCGACGCAGAUGCGGCUACGUCAUCCGUUACGUGGCAACCUCCGCCUAUCCAAUCAAGGACGAGAAUCGGCCGAGGAAAUUCGAAGCAACCGUCCUGGUGUCUGGAGAAGAUAACUUCAACAAUUUCAAAGACAAUGCUCCUCAAUGGUUCAACAGAAAGAACACUGACGUCAUCGCGUAGCCAUCAGAGGGGGAUCGCUUCAGAACCGUUCACAAAAUUUAUAAAUUAAUAAAUUUAUGCAUUUAUGCAAAUAACCAUUCCACACAGACCAUAUGCAUCCACGGUGAAGGGAGAAAAGUGAUUUUAUUUUUUUAACCACCGUUUGAUAUUUCUAUUGCACCUUUUUCUUUUUCUUUUUAAAGGGUCGGUAAAGGGUAGGCGUGGAGUAUUUGCUGAAACCUGACACAGAGAAGACUUGACUGAUAAACAAUAAAACAUUGACAUAUAUAU